AUGGCAGGCGUAGGGUUUGCGUUGGCAGUUGUAGGGUUUGCAGAGGCAGUUGUAGGGUUUGCAGUAGCAGUUAUAGAGUUUGCUGUGGCAAUUGUAGGGUUUGCGGUGGCAGUUGUGGAGUUUGCUGUGGCAGCUGUAGGGUUUGCAGAGGCAGUUGUAGGGUUUGCAGUGGCAGUUGUAGAGUUUGCGGUGGCAGUUGUAGGGUUUGCGGUGGCAGUUGUAGGGUUUGCGAUGGCAGUUGUGGAGUUUGCUGUGGCAGCUUGCGGGGUUCUGAUCACUGUGCACCGACCAUCCCGGGCAAGCAUCUCCUCCCUGCAGCAUCUGUGGUCCUCAGGAUGCCGGCUGUGUGCUGCAUCGGGCGACAUCUCCAGCCUCCCCCGGCCAUGUGACAGCUCCGGAGCCUCCGAAGAGGGGCUUUCAUCUGCAGCCAGGCGUGUGCGAGAUGUGACCCGGGGCGGCCGGCUCUCUGCUGUUCUGUGUGCGGAGCCCCCCCCCAUCACCGCCGUCCGGGCAUCGGCACCGCAGCAAGGCCUGUGUGCCCUGCUGGAGGCGGUGGAGUCCAGGGGGGCAGCGCCUGGGGGCUGCGUGCUGGUCACCCGGAGCGGGCCCCCUCCUCACCUGCUGCUCUGUAGACUCUUCCGCUGGCCAGAGCUGCAGCAUCCCGGGCAACUGAAAGCCCUGAGCGGGUGUCAGGGAGCCGGAGGAGCCGACAGCAACAGCAUGUGCUGCAACCCUUACCACUAUAGCAGGUUAUGUGGCCCGGAGUCUCCUCCUCCCCCAUAUUCUCGUCUCUCUCCACAAUAUGAGCAAAAACCUCUGGAUCUCUCCGAUUCAUACACUGAAAUGGAUGCCUCCAGUUCACUCUGUAUAUCUGCUGGUGAUGUGCCAGAUACCAGCCUGUCCUUGGACUCUAGCAAGCAGGGCCACUGGUGCAGUGUAGCCUACUGGGAGCACAGGACCCGUGUUGGGCGCCUUUAUGCAGUGUGCCAGCCUUCAGUAAGCAUCUUCUAUGACCUACCUCAAGGGAGUGGCUUCUGCCUGGGCCAGCUAAGUCUGGAGAACCGGAGUGAGGCCGCAGUCAGGACACGGGAGAAGAUUGGACUUGGGAUUGUGCUAAGCAAGGAGCCAGAUGGGGUGUGGGCUUAUAACCGCAGCGACCAUCCCAUCUUUGUCAACUCUCCAACGCUGGAUGGCCCCACCUGUCGCUCACUUGUCGUGCGCAAGGUGAUGCCCGGCUACUCUCUCAAAGUUUUUGACUUUAAAAAGUCCUGCAUCUUGCAGCAUCUCUCGGCGCACCCGGAAUACACAGAUGGACCUUAUGAUCCCCACAGCAUACGCAUCAGUUUUGCCAAGGGUUGGGGACCUUGCUACUCAAGACAGAUGAUCACUUCCUGCCCCUGCUGGCUGGAGGUCUUACUUGGACGAUAGCAACCGGUCUUUGCAUCCCUGUCCUCCAACUGUUGUAUAAAUAUAGAAGGAUGUGUACCACUCUGAGCAGACACAUGAGCUGGUAAGGUCCCUUGGUAAAGCCCUGUUUUUACCCUUCUGUGAGCACAGCUUGGCAUCUUCCACCCCUGUGCCCUAGGAAGGGGUUUUCCAGCAAACCGUACGAUCGAUGAAAGCUGUGGAAUAAUAGGGAGGGCCAUGACCUACUGUAAUCUAACUUUCACCCUUGUGUCCCCAUGCUAAUGGCUGUAGCUGUCAAUUUUAUCCCGCAGUGAGAAUGUAAUAUUUUUGCAUAUUUUAAUACCACAACCGACCACCAGUAUACAGCCUCGGUGCUGCGCAGCUACUCACAGGGUUAUAACAUGAAACCACCCCUAUACUCGUAAAACGGAGACCCAAAAUAUCACAUGACAAAAACA